GGCUAUAUAAGGAGGGCGCCGGGGCGGCGGCGGGAGAGCGCUGAGGCGGCUGGAGGCGGUGGAGUGGAGUAGGGUUGAACGCAGCGAACCGGAGCCGAGCAGAACGCAGGGACAAGGCCCUCGGCCGCCUUCUUGCCGUUUAGCCGCUGACCGCCAGCCGUCUCCCCGCCGACCUCCCUCCCCAACGCCGAGCCGCCGCCAUGGUGAAGAGCGUGGGCAGCCUGUCUGAAUUUGAGGCAGAACUGAAAUCUGCUGGUGAGAAGCUUAUAGUAGUUGAUUUCUCUGCCACAUGGUGUGGACCAUGCAAAAUGAUCAAGCCCUUUUUCCACAGCUUGUGUGAGAAGUAUGGCGAUGUGGUGUUCAUCGAGAUUGAUGUGGAUGAUGCCCAGGAUGUGGCUACACACUGCGAUGUGAAGUGCAUGCCAACGUUCCAGUUCUACAAGAAUGGAAAGAAGGUGCAGGAGUUCUCGGGGGCCAAUAAAGAGAAGCUGGAAGAGACCAUUAAAAGUCUAGUCUAGUCUCCAGCCAUGGAGACAUUGAAGCAUGACUGCUUCGGCUAAAUUAUAGCCUGCAACUUUUCUACUUCAAAAAAAAAUCUAAGCAAGCUAGCUAGACCAAGGGGAUAUUUCCAUCAUUUAAUCUAUGUAAAAGAGUACAAUAAAGUGCAAGUUCUUCA